UGUGGCAACUACUUAAGAUCUGCCAAAUUCCUCCUCUACGUCGGGCAUGCCCUGUCCACUUGGGGCGAUCGCAUGUGGCACUUCGCAGUAUCCCUCUUCCUGGUCGAACUGUAUGGCAACAGCCUGCUUUUGACAGCUGUUUAUGGAUUAGUGGUGGCAGGGUCGGUUCUCCUUCUGGGAGCUAUCAUUGGAGACUGGGUGGACAAGAACCCGAGGCUCAAAGUGGCCCAGACGUCCUUAAUAGUGCAGAACGCGUGUGUCAUUGUAUGCGGCAUUCUCCUGAUGAUGAUAUUCUUGUUCAAAUCCGAGUUGGUGGCCUUGUAUCAAGGCUGGAUGCUGACCCUGUGCUAUAUCCUGGUCAUCACGAUCGCCAACAUCGCCAAUUUGGCCAGCACGGCCACCGCCAUUACCAUCCAGAGGGACUGGGUGGUUGUCGUGGCGGGGGACAACAGGAGCAAACUGGCAGAUAUGAACGCCACGAUACGAAGAAUCGAUCAGCUGACCAAUAUUUUGGCCCCAAUGGCUGUCGGGCAGAUCAUGACCUUUGGUUCGCCGGUGAUUGGCUGCGGGUUCAUUUCGGGCUGGAAUUUGGUUUCCAUGUGCAUGGAAUAUCUGCUCCUCUGGAAAGUGUACCAGAAAACGCCCGCCUUGGCCCACAAAGCCAGCGGCAAGAUCGAGGAGGCGGAAUUGAAGCAAUUGAACAAUCAGAAAGAGGGUGAAUCGAAGCCCAACGAAGGAGUCCAGUUAAUCGGGAAAGCCGUGUCCGCCUUCGAGCCGCCGCAGGAGGUCUCUUGGUGCUCUCGGAUGGCGGAGCCGUUCAGCACCUUCCGGGACGGAUGGGUCGCUUACUACAACCAGCCGGUGUUCCUUGCGGGCCUGGGCCUUGCAUUCCUCUACAUGACCGUUUUGGGCUUUGACUGCAUCACCACGGGCUAUGCCUACACUCAGGGACUGAGCGGCUCCACUCUCAGCCUCCUAAUGGGGGCUUCAGCUAUAACAGGAAUCCUGGGUACCAUCGCUUUCACCUGGCUGCGCCGCAGGUGCGGGCUGGUGCGCACGGGCAUCAUUUCCGGAAUCGCCCAGUUCGCCUCUCUGGCCUUCUGCGUGAUUUCAGUCUUCAUGCCGGGGAGCCCGUUGGACCUGUCCGUUUCCCCUUUUGCGGACAUUAGCGCCAGACUGUUCGAAAGCAGCCCCCUGCCCACGAUGGAGCCCGAAGCUGUGAUACCCGAAAUGCCCUUUACAACCAUCAUGCCUGUCUUGGCGAACGGGUCUGCUUCUGUCAACGGGACGGAUCCGGGGAUGACUCCCGACUCUGUGCCUCUUCUCUCUGUUAGCCUCCUGUUUGCGGGAGUCAUCGCCGCUAGAAUUGGCCUGUGGUCCUUCGAUCUGACCGUCACGCAGCUGCUCCAGGAAAACGUGAUAGAGUCCGAAAGAGGGAUCAUCAACGGUGUCCAGAACUCCAUGAAUUAUCUUCUGGACCUGCUGCAUUUCAUCAUGGUCAUCCUAGCCCCCAACCCGGAAGCUUUCGGAUUGCUGGUUCUUAUUUCGGUCUCCUUUGUCGCCAUGGGACACAUCAUGUACUUCCGCUUUGCUCAGAAAACUCUGGGGAGUAGCGUCUUCCGGUGCUGUUCCCGUGAGCCAAAGGCAGGCGCCGACGACCCGUCUUCUCCUUCUGAUGCUUCUGUCGCCUAGACUCAGCACACCACGCCUAACUCCGUGACCGGGAAGAGCCCCGCGGAACUCCUCAUGGGUCGCCGGCCGAAAACUUUGCUCGACCGGCUGCACCCCGACCUGGCGCUUGAGUACCCGGGCUGCAAAGACUCGACUGCCUCUCCAAGGGUCGUGGAACAAGACGACCCCGUGUUCGCCUGA